AUGUCAGUUAACUAUUUUCGAGACAUGCAACCAACAAAUGCUGCUGUAAUGCAUCACAAAUUUCGACCGAAUGCACCAUAUCCUGGCUCGUUUGAAGAUGAUCAAUUGAUAGAUCCAGUCGCGGCAAAUGCAUCUUUUCGAUCUGGUUUUACGACACCAGCAGUACUCUCUAAACCAACUAAUGAAAACGCAUCAUCGCCACGAAAACCGCAUAAUCCGAUGGCUAACGUGUCUAUUGGCAUCACUAAUUUGGUCACGAAAAUACUUAUAAGUCAUCCAUGUACAGUUUUGAGACGGCAGUGUCAAGUUCAUCAAUUCGCCAGAUCGCUUCAUCUUACACCCUUUACUUUAAUUCCUGUUGUUUAUAAAGUAGUUAGUUGCGAAGGACUUCUGACUUUAUGGAAAGGUGCUAUUGGUUCAGGUGUUCUUUGGGGAUUAUCUAUUGUUGGAGAAAUAUUACUCGCUGAUAUAUUUGGUCUUCCACGGCAUUAUGUAAAGCACGGAAGCUUUAAGAAAUAUUGUCACCACCUUAUUUUAAAAGCCUCAACUGCAGUUUGCAUGACUCCAUUUAUUGUGUCAUCUUUCAUCGAAACUGUCAGGAGCGAAAGUGGUCGCUGUGAUGAGUUCCGCGUAAUGGAUGUAGUGAUAAAUGGAAUAAGUCGUUUGCGAUUUGAUUUUAUCGGGCCAAGAGAUAACAGUAAACGUUUUUCAUUAUUAUAUCUCUUAAUACCGACAACUUGUUUAUUCACGUCGCACUAUUUGAUAACAAUCGGUUUAUUUGAUUGGAUAUAUGUUUUGGCUAAACGAUAUGUUAAUCGAAAACCAUUGCAUGAAAAAACUGCUUUUGAUCAAUAUUUUCCGCAGAUAUUUGCAACUUUGACGUCACAAAUGCUAGCUGAUUUCUCUUUAUAUCCAUUCGAGACAGUACUUCAUCGUCUUUAUAUUCAGGGGACACGAACAUUAAUAGACAAUCUGGAUAAUGGUGUCACGGCUAUCUCAAUAACAGCAAAAUAUGUUGGAUUUUUUGAUUGUAUCAGGACAAUCAUAAAUCGCGAGAGUUUCUGGUCUCUUUAUGCGGGUGUUGGUGCACUUGGUUUCCAGUACGUCUUGCACUUAUGUUUGCUUCGCUUCAUUCGGACAAUGGUUAAAUACGGAAACCGGACAAUUAAUGCGCAGCAACAAGACGGUACUAUUGUGACUAGCAAUACAUCUUCCCAUCUUUUGACGCCUCUACAGUUCGAUUCAGAGCCUUUCGGAAGUGCUGCAAACGAAUUGUCUGCACCUCUUACGGAAAGCAUUUCUGUUAAUUCUAAAGCAAGAUAUCCGGUUUUUGGACAAACGAUUAGUACAUUUGGCCGUACCUCACCUCCGCUAUUUGCUUCUUCAGCAUCAAAUAUUCUCGCGAUUUGGCCAUCUACGUUUUGUCUAAGAACAAAUACCAAUCAUUAG